AUCUACAAAAAUGUCUCUGUCGUCGAACGACCGCGUGAAAGUUGAACCAAUAGCCGUAUUGACGCUAAACUCUCGCUUAGCUUGGCUGUCAGCUGAAAAUGGAUAAGAGACCGCGAGACCCCAGCCAGAAUGCCCACCGGCACUCGAAAAUGAAAAGGCAACUGAAUUUCAAAUUUUAGCAAUAGCGAUAGUCUAUGGAAGUCUCGUAUCACUUCAUCUCCGUCAGCAAAUCCCCAAUUCUCUUCUCCAAACCCUUCAAGACCUUUAAACCUCUCUUUUCCCUCCAAAACUCGCCCGACUCGAUUUCACCUCAGCUCUCUCUGCAAUCCGAAACCUUAAAAGUCCUAGAAUGGAGCUCGCUUUGCGACCGGCUCUCUUACUUCACAUCAACCUCAAUGGGCAAUUCAGUCGCUCGAAAUGCAAGCAUUCCCAUCGGGAAAAGCCUCCAGGAAAGCCGUAAGUUACUGGACCAGACCGCUGCAGCAUUGGCUGUCAUGCAAUCUGGGCCGCUGGAUUUUUCGGAAAUUGAAGAUGUAACUGGAAUUGUGGAUUCUGCGGUUUCUGGGAAUUUGCUUACUAUUGGUGAGCUCUGUGCUGUGAGACGGACGUUGAGAGCUGCAAGGGCCGUGUUGGAGAGGUUAAAAGAUGGUGGAGAUUGCUUAGAGAGGUACGGUCCACUUUUGGAAAUUCUCCAGAGAUGCAGCUUCCAAAUAGAGUUGGAGCAGAAGAUAGGAUUUUGCUUAGAUUGCAAUCUUUCGAUAAUCCUUGAUAGAGCCAGUGAAGAACUGGAGAUCAUUAGGUCUGAAAGAAAGAGAAACAUGGAGAAUCUGGAUACCUUGCUGAAGGGAAUAUCAACUCGGAUUUUUCAGGCUGGGGGUGCUGACAGACCUUUGGUAACUAAGCGCCGUUCUAGGUUGUGUGUGGGAGUUAGGGCAACCCACAGACACUUGAUUCGUAAUGGUGUGAUUCUUGAUGUUAGUGGUUCUGGUGCAACAUACUUCAUGGAGCCUGAUGAUGCAGUCGAAUUGAAUAACCUUGAGGUCAUGCUCUCAAACUCAGAGAGAGCUGAGGAAAUAGUCAUUUUAAGCUUGCUUACAUCUGAAAUAGCACAAUCAGAGAAGGAAAUAAAGCAUUUAUUGGAUGGAAUUCUCAAAGUUGACCUUGCAUUUUCUAGAGCUGCUUAUGCUCAACAGAUGAAUGCGAUCUGUCCAAUUUUGACUUCAGAGGGCUGUGAAGGUGAACUUUCUGGGGGAGCACAUUAUCCAUUGUUAAUAGAUAUUGAAGGUAUAAGACACCCAUUACUUAUUGGGUCAUCUCAAAGAAGUUUGUCUGAUUUCCUUGGUUCCAAUUCUCAGAAUUCAACUGAAUUGAAUUAUGGAGAUGGUGUAAUGGCUACUGAAAGGUUGUCAGAAACUGUAUCUGAAUUUCCUGUGCCAAUAAACAUUAAAGUGGAAUGUGGAACCAAAGUGGUUGUAAUUUCAGGACCCAACACUGGAGGAAAAACUGCUUCUAUGAAAACUCUAGGCAUAGCAUCUCUUAUGUCAAAGGCUGGCUUGUUUUUGCCUAGUAAAAACAUCCCAAGAAUUCCAUGGUUUGAUCUUGUUCUAGCGGAUAUUGGAGAUCACCAGUCGCUGGAGCAAAAUCUUUCAACUUUUAGUGGGCACAUAUCACGCCUUUGUAAGAUCUUGGAAGUGGCCUCUAAAGAAUCACUUGUCCUCAUAGACGAAAUUUGUAGCGGAACAGAUCCUUCUGAAGGGGUGGCACUUUCAGCCAGCAUCUUAAAAUAUCUUAAAGAUCGUGUUAACUUAGCUGUUGUAACAACUCAUUAUGCUGAUUUAAGUCGCCUCAAAGAUAAGGAUACUGGAUUUGUGAAUGCGGCCAUGGAAUUUUCUCUUGAAACCUUACAACCUACUUAUCAGAUCCUCUGGGGGAGAACUGGUGAUUCUAAUGCACUAAGCAUUGCUGAAUCUAUUGGUUUUGAUAGUAGUAUUAUUGAACGUGCACAGAUGUGGGUUGAGAAGUUAAUGCCUGAAAAGCUGCAACAGCGGAAAGGUUUGCUGUAUCAAUCACUACUGGAGGAAAGAAACAGAUUGGAAACUCAGGCCAUGAGAGCUGCUUCACUUCAUGCAGAAAUUAUGCAAAUCUACCACGAGAUUCAAAACGAGGCAGAAGAUCUUGAUAGGCGUGUGCCAGCACUCAUGGCAAAAGAAACCCAACAGGUCCAACAGGAAGUAAAGGUUACGAAGUCUCAGAUAGAAAUUGUGGUGCAUAACUUUGAAAAUCAGCUUAGAAAAGCGAGCCCAGAUCAGUUUAAUUCACUGAUUAGAAAGUCAGAAUCUGCAAUUGCAUCCAUUGUUGAAGCUCAUUGUCCUGCUGAAAGUCUUCCUGCCAAUGAAGCAGAUAGUAGUUCAUAUACACCACAACUUGGAGAGGAAGUCCAUGUGAAGGGACUAGGAGAUAAAGUAGUUACUGUAGUUGAAGCACUGGGAAAUGAUGAGACAAUCUUAGUCCAAUAUGGUAAAAUAAGAGUUUGUGUGAAGAAAAGUGAUAUUAGAUCCAUUCAAGCUAACAAGAGGAGAGAUUCAACACAUUUGGUCCCUCGAUUAAGGAAGCAGGGCCAACAGAGUCAUUCAGAGGUCAAUAAAAAUGAGGAGGUUUCUUAUGGCCCUAGGGUACAGACAUCAAAGAACACUGUGGACCUACGUGGUAUGCGAGUGGAAGAAGCUGCCAUUUACCUUGACAUGGCCUUGUCUGAAAGUAAGCCAAAAUCGGUCAUCUUUGUCGUGCAUGGGAUGGGAACUGGAGCUGUUAAGCAACGAGCAUUGGAGAUAUUAGGAAAGCAUCCAUGCGUGGCCAAGUAUGAAGCUGAAGGUCCAACGAAUUUUGGUUGUACAGUUGCAUAUAUCAAGUAAUUGCCAUUUUCUGGCCACUGAGAUGGUUUUCUGAACAAAUUACCCCGGUAAACAUUUUACUAUGUUAUUUCACAAGCUACAUAUUCAUUUAAUAUAUAGAAUAAUAGAAUUGUGUGCAUAAGAUUUGUGAAAUUAAGAACUUCACUGAGUGGAUUACAUGCUUGCUCCAUUUCAAAUAUACACCAAGUGCUAGCGUAUGUAUAAAUGAGACUUUUCAAGUAAUUAAAAGCUGCGACCCUGUAAUUCUGAAGGCCUUAUUACAUAACUUAAGAUCCCAAGCUUAUGUUACUAAUUAUAUUCUUAUGUUUUAUUCUUUGGAAACCAACCUUGAUAUUAGUUGUGCCCUGCAGCAACUUUUUUGGGUUGAUCAUCAGCUUUGUUGUUACUAAAAUCGCCAUUACUACCCUGGACACUUGGUCUAAUUUGACCGCCAUAGCCACAGCUGUUACAUCCUCCACUUCCGCCGCCAGCAUUGGUUCCAUUAUUCUUGCAAGAAUUACAACUGCAACCCCCACUUACUCCUCCUCCUGCUCCUCCUCCAAUAACAAGUCCUGGAAUGGUAAAACCUGGAAUUGAGAUACUACCUCCUCCUUCUGCACCAUUACCAAAGCCAAAGAAGCCACCACCCGCUCCAAUGCUUAUAGAAGGAAUAUCUCCCGAUGACUCUGUCUCUUCAAGUCCCAUUUGGACUCCAUUUUUAGUUGCUUUUUCCAUCUCACUGAGGACUCUAAUACUAGAACCGA